AUGGGGGAAGCUCAGCUCAGGGAGAGUUGCACUCAGCCCGGGGAGAGUUGGAACUGCCAUGUCAAGGGCCGAAUCUGCAGUACCAUUCUAUAUGCUAUACUAGCAGUUUCAGCUCGGCACCAGAGCUCUUCUUCGGACGAAAUGCGUUUGUUCGCUGACGAGUGUCAGCAAAAUUGCCUCAAGGCCCUCAUACCCGCUCUGAAUGACUACGAGAACGCCAUUCAAGAGACUGUAUUUGCUUCGGCUGUAAUUCUCCGAUUGUUUGAGGAAAUGACAGACGCUGCCUUUAUCGUCACAUUACGCCAGGAAAUUUUUGUGGCCAAUUUGAUUCAACGGCCAGUUGGAUCGAUCACUGAGCACUGCAAUAUUGACAUGUCACUAGUCGCAUCAUCAGAUGUGAUGUGGGCCUUUCGAGCCAUUGCACAUGCAGCCAAGGUUACCGAUUUUGCCUAUGACAAUGUUUCAUUCCGGACAAGAGACCGAUGGGAGUCAUUGAUGCAGUAUCUCCAAGAUUGGGAAGCCCUUCGGCCUGCGUCGUUUAACCCGAUAUAUCGCGAAGAGGGAAACCCUCAAUCAUGCCCAUUCCCGAAGCUCUGGUAUUGUAAUGAUUACCACGUCGCUGCACGCCAGUACACGGAGCUUUCUCGAAUUUUGCUUCUUGCUUCGGAUCCAGAUACCUGCCAAAUGCGCAUUGGGCGAAUGAGGACAGGCCGCAAUAACGAUGCAACCAUUCGCGAUUGCGUUCGAGUGAUCUGCGGGGUUGCUUUAUCCAAUACUGAGUAUAUGCCCGCUAGGUUAACUGCGGGCUUCGUUAUCUCUAUGUGUGGUGAAUUGUUUCACCAGCCUGAUGAGACUCGUGUCUUGUUAGCAAUGCUGUCAGAUGCAGAGUCUUAUCUUGGAUGGCCAUGCUUGAAAUCAAAGGAUGACUUGCAACGGCUGUGGGGAUUACCGGAUUGA